AUGUGUAUUGUAUCAAUGAUUGACAUCAAAUGUAGAAUCACAAUGCAAUUGACGGUCGCUCUUUGGGAUCUACGCAAUCUGCGAUUGAAACUGCAUUCUUUUGAAUCUCAUCGAGAUGAAAUAUUUCAGGUCCAAUGGUCACCACAUAAUGAAACAAUACUUGCCAGUUCAGGUACUGACCGACGUCUUCAUGUUUGGGAUUUAAGCAAAAUUGGUAUCGAUCAGACUCCUGAAGAUGCAGAUGAUGGUCCACCUGAAUUAUUAUUCAUACAUGCUGGGCAUACAGCAAAGAUUUCCGACUUUUCAUGGAAUAUUAAUGAUCCAUGGACUAUUUGUUCUGUUUCUGAGGAUAAUAUUUUACAAAUUUGGCAAAUGGCUGAAAAUAUAUAUAAUGAUGACGACAUAGAAUUGGGCAAUAUGGAUCUUGAACAACAUCGCUAACUCAUCAUUAUAUGUGUGUUCACCUCUUUUCUUCUGAUUCAUUGUUUGUUUUAUAUUUUUUUAUGUGUUAGACUGUAAGAAGAGAGAGGUUUUUGAAAAAAAGAGCUGCAUUUCCACUUUCUGCGCAUUUAGCCUUCUGCGUCA